GCCCUGUGAUUGGUCGAAUCUGGCCGGCGCGGGGCUGUCAUUGGUCCCGGUCGGCGCCUGGCCGGUCUCUGGGAGCCGCGCAGGAGAUGGAGGGAGCGCUGCUGAAGUGGACCAACUAUUUGUCUGGUUGGCAGCCACGAUACUUUGUGCUGGAGAAUGGCAUCCUCUCUUAUUAUGACUCUCAGGAUGAUGUGGGUAAAGGCAGCAAAGGAAGCAUCAAGAUGGCGGUAUGUGAGAUCAAAGUGCACACUUCUGACCCCACUCGUUUGGAACUGGUUAUCCCAGGUGAGCAGUACUUCUACCUGAAGGCAGGAGGUGCUGCUGAAAGACAGAAAUGGCUGGUGGCUUUGGGCAGUUCCAAGGCCUGCCUUGGGGACAGCAGGACCCAGAAAGAGAAAGAUCUGGACCUAAGCAAUGAGUCCCUUGGGAGGAAGCUGUCCGAACUGCGGCUGUAUUGUGAUGUGCUGACACAGCAGGUUCUAGCUGUGCAGGAUGCAACACACCCUCAAGAUAAUGGCUCCCCACUUGACAUUCAGAUGAUUAAUGAAGCUUCAUCUUUGUUACGAGCAACCUGCAGCCAGUUCAUCUCAACGCUAGAAGAUUGCAUGAAAUUUGCAAACACGCGAUUGGCUCCUGAGCUCUACCAUCCUUCAGCAGUCUCUCAGCUUUCUGAUUUUGUGGGCACUAAACUCCCACAUUCCCACAGGGUGAGACGUUCUAUGAGCCACACAGGCAUAGUCUCUUCAGACAGGGCCCUAGAGUCAGCUCGUGUUCCACCUGCGCCUCCCAGGGGCACGGUUACUGUGCUACGCAAUUUGGAGGAGAUGGUGAUGUUACGAUCGCAACAGUGGGGGCAACAGAGUGCCCAGUCCGAGAGUCCCACUGGCACCAUAAUUGAAGAAGCAGUUGGUAGGAGCCACCACCAGAUAAGUGCAUGAGGUUAAUAUGGGAAGGGAGAGAUGAUACCCUGCUGUCGCUGCAAGACUCUCCAGAGAAUUCAGCUGGUAGUGGUCAAUGACUCUAAUCUGGAUUUUGAAUUCUGAGGCUGCUUCCUCUCAUGGACAGUUUGGAGCUACUUGCUUUGGAGCAGUCUUUACUGCUUGUGUGCUGGCUAGCUAGCUAGAACAAUUGGCCUGAGGUUCCUGCCUCUAGCAUAGGAAUAGCCUGGGCCUGUAGGAUGUGUGGCCAGAUGCAGUCUGUGCUCCUGUGGAGCUGGCAAACCUAAAGGGUGAGGAGUAGGUCUUGUGGUUGCCACCUUUUAGGAAAUAAUGCCAAGUCUGCUGGUCAUGCCUUGGUAAGAAGGAAAUAGGGUGGGAGAAUAGAGAUUAGCUCUUCACUUUGGACUGAACAGGAAUGAAAAGUUGGCCCUGAAGAGAGCAUGGGAUCCUUGGGAGGCAGCUUUUUACUGAGGAGAUGGAUCAAACAUCUCCUGGUGUUCUCCUCCAUGUUCUUCCUAGGCUAAUUCCAGUCAUUGAAGCUUGGAGAGUCACAGUGUCUGGCAGAUGUGGAACAUCUUCAGAGUACAAUUCUUAAUUUUUUCUAAGAUACUUUCCUGCUUGGGAAGUGCUCUACUCUCUGGUGACAAGAUGAGACACAAUUUGUCCAGGAAUUUGCAAGAAUUCUCCAGGGAGGAUUUGGCAACCCUCCUCCUUAACAGAGAGCAGUUCCUUCAAGCCUUCACCCUCGUAACACAACUUCCAUAUGGCAUUUGCCCAUAUAAAAUUCCUCUUAUGUUCUUCUUGCUUCUCUUCAACCCUUUGACAAGAGAGCAUCUAGCAAAGACCCAAGGUAGGAGAAGAAGCCUCUGUGGACAUCUGGCCUGAAAGCAACUUUUGAUUUGUUCCCUAGUAGGACACAAGGUCAGGUGACUACAGCAACAUGCAUACCAAACAUCAGUUUACUCUCUCAGUUUUUAUGUACAGGAGCAAAAGUCUUUGUCUUGUGGAAUUGUUGGUCUUCUACAUUUUUGUACAGAAACAUGGCAAGAUCUUGGGAGGCUCUGUGUGUGUGUGUGCGCGUGUGCCACUCCAUCUAUCACUGGAGCCUGUUCAUGUGGAGAGCCCUGCCAAAAAUCAGACUAAUUUUGAAUGAAGACUCUAAUUUUUGAAACAAACACAGCGUCAUAACUAUGUUUUUUCCCAUGUGGGAUGGGACAAGGUACCAUUGGGGUUUCCCUCAAACAGCAGAGCCAAAAAUAAAACAGCCAUCAUUCUCCUGGUGGCUUGAUACUGCUGAAGCAAA